GAUAACAUCUGAUCCUCAGGCGGCUGUCGCUAUCUAGAUUUAAUUAACCACGUUAUCAAGUCUUUGCACACGUAUGAAUAUUGUAACUCUCAGUGCGUUUUACUCGAACUGGGAGGUAUUUAGGGAUUGUGUUCCACAGCGCGCACAGGAUGCACUAACCAGACGGAAGACGAAUUACAUAGUCACUACCGCAGCUAUUAACGGGGAUCGAGGAUACAAAGCUAUUGGUAGUACAAGCUUGUGGUAAACCAUGGGAAAGUUUUCCUCCACAAUUGCGCCCACGACAGAUAAACAACUACCAGCAAGGCGUCGGAAGGGAAGUUCGGACACGCCGUCAGCUAAUGCACUUCGCGAGAGGGUCCGAGCGCAGAAUAUGAAGAGGGCGUACUUAAAACUGCAGAAAACGCUGCCUCAAGUUCCACCUGAUACUAAGUUACCGAGGCUCAAUAUCCUGUUAUUGGCGAUCGAUUACAUCUCUCAUCUCCGCGAUGUGCUGCAUAACGGUACGUGUGCAGCUGAAGAAAACUCUUUGCCUCACAAGGUGGAGGAUAAAUGCGGCAUGUUCCGUCCUUUCAUUGAG